AUGAAGAUUUUAACACAAGACGAAAUCGAAGCGCACAGCUCGCACACAAUAAAAGGUGGUAUCGAGGGGGCCCUUGCCGGGUUCGCCAUCUCCGCCGUGAUCUUUAAAGUCCUUCCCAGACGGUAUCCGAAGUUCAAGCCCUCAACGCUGACGUGGUCGAUAAAAACAGCCCUCUGGAUCACCCCGCCCACGGUCCUGACCGCCAUCUGCGCCGAACAGGCGUCGAACAGCUUCGAUGCCACCAUGUACGGGUCCGGGGCCUCUUCCGAGGACGCCCUGGACGAACACCGCAGAUGGAGGGCCUUGAGCACGAAGGACAAGUUCGUCGAGGGCCUGUCUAACAACAAGUACAAGAUCAUCACGGGUGCGUGGGCAGCCUCGCUGUACGGGUCGUGGGUACUCGUCAACAAGGACCAAAUCAUGACCAGGGCCCAGAAGAUCGUCCAGGCAAGAAUGUACGCGCAAUUCAUCACCGUCGGUCUGCUGUUGGCCUCUGUCGGGUUGAGCAUGUACGAGAACAAGCUGCACCCAAACAAGCAGAAGGUCAACGAGAUGCGCCGCUGGGAAAAUGCCCUGAAGGUUGCCGAAGAAGAAGAGAAGCUUGAGAAGGAGGGCCGUAGGACUGGGUUCGUUUCCAACGAGGAGAGAAUCAACUCCAAGAUCUUCAAGUCGUGA